AUGUCGGGACGCGGUAAAGGCGGUAAAGUAAAGGGAAAGGCAAAGUCACGUUCUAACCGUGCCGGUCUACAGUUCCCCGUUGGACGUAUACACAGGCUGCUGCGCAAAGGUAACUAUGCCGAACGUGUCGGUGCCGGAGCACCAGUGUACUUGGCCGCGGUUAUGGAGUAUCUCGCCGCCGAAGUUCUCGAGCUGGCCGGUAACGCGGCACGCGACAACAAGAAGACCAGGAUCAUACCUAGACAUCUUCAGCUCGCGAUCCGCAACGACGAGGAACUGAACAAGCUCCUGUCCGGUGUGACGAUCGCUCAAGGCGGUGUCUUGCCUAACAUCCAGGCCGUCCUGCUGCCCAAGAAGACCGAGAAGAAAGCC